CCGCCGCACCGCACAGGAGCGGAGCGGAGGAGCGCACAGGAAAUUUUCAAAAGCGGGGGAGUCCACCGCCGCCGCGCCAAUUCGAGCACCUCGGAUUCGCUUCAACGGCCGGCGCUCCCUCCCUCACCCACCAGCCCCGCGGGGCAGAUCUUCCACAUCUAUAAACACCGCCGGAAUUCCCUCCUCCGAUCCCGAUACCCGCACCGCGCACGCGACGCAGAUCCUGCGUCUCUCCCCGCGCGCGGAUCGGCGCCGAUGGACGCGUCAUCCUCUCUCACGGCCCAGCAGGCCGCCGCGGCGUCGGCGGCCGCGGACACGACGCCGCCACCGGCGCUGCGUCUCUCUUUCCCCCAUCCGCUGCAGCUGUUCGCCCACGACGGGAAGCUGCGCCACCACGCCUACAGCCGCAAGCAGAAGUCGCUCGGCCUGCUCUGCUCCAACUUCGUGGCCCUGUACGACCGGGACGACGUGGACUCCAUCGGGCUGGACGACGCGGCCCGGCGCCUCGGCGUCGAGCGGCGCCGGAUCUACGACAUCGUCAACGUGCUCGAGAGCAUCGGGAUUCUUGUCAGGAAGGCCAAGAACCGCUACUCCUGGAUAGGCUUCGGCGGGGUCCCCAUGGCGCUGCGAGAACUCAAGGAGAGGGCAUUGAGCGAGAAGUCUGGCUUGGCCCCUCUGCAGCUGGUGGAGCACUCUGCUGCUAAUCUGUCGGACGACGAAGACGAUGAUAAGCUGGCCGAUCCGGAGGGCGACACCGAGAGCGAGAAGCUGAGCCAGACUGUUGACAACCCUUCUGACAAGCCCGAUGCACCUCGCUGCCACCUUCGAUCUGAUCAUAGGAAGGAGAAGUCUCUUGGGUUGCUCACGCAAAAUUUCGUGAAGCUGUUCCUCACCAUGGAGGUUAACACGAUCUCACUUGAUGAAGCUGCAAAGCUCCUCCUCGGAGAAGGCCACGACGAGUCCAAUAUGAGAACUAAAGUCAGGAGGUUGUAUGACAUUGCCAAUGUGCUGUCUUCAUUGAAACUCAUUGAGAAGACACAAGUGGACACAAGGAAGCCUGCAUUCCGGUGGUUGGGCAUGGAUGGGAAAUCAAAAGCAGAAUAUGGUGUCACAGUAGCUGUCUCCCCAGCAAGGAAGACUCUGUCCAACAAGAGAGCAUUUGGGACUGAACUCACUAACAUUGACAUAAACAGAAGCAAACUGGGUUCAGCAAUCCAGAAGAAAGCAAAGCUGGCGCAGGGUGGCGGAGAUAUCUUGAAUACCUACAAGGUGGCCGUGCAGGGGCAGCUCAGGCAGGCUAACAAGAGUGGUUUUGUUUAUGGGCCUUUCCACCCUUCCUGUGCAAGAAAACAGGAGCCUGAUGAUUGUAAGAAUGCUGGACAAAAGAAGGGUGCCCAGGACUGGGAGAGCCUCGCUGAUUCUUUCCAACCACAGUACCAGAACCAAGAACUUGGUGACCUUUUCGCUCAUUAUGUGGAUGCAUGGAAGUCCUGGUACUCAGAAUUUUCACAGGGUAGCAGCAUCAUGCAGCAACAUCUCGGGAAGCCUGCUAACAACUAAUUUUUGUAGGAACACCAUAAACUCAAGCACAGCAGUUCUUAGUGCGUUGCUUGGGAUUCGGCCUGUACAAUUUGUCAAAAUAGAAGAGGAGAGGAAACAAAUAGAUGACUUAGGCCUAGAGUUCAUUGUAUUUGCUCAAUGCAGGCAAUCUUUAGGCCUUCAUAGUCAGGAGAGGGAGGGAAACAUUUUCUCAUUGUCAAUCUGUAACUUUUGUGUACUGUUCAUUCUUGCACCUACAAGCGUGCUUACCUCUCUGCA